UGCCCAUCCCGCGGGACCCAGGGACCGUGACAGCCAGGGAGACCGCGGCCACUGUCGGCUGGGCACCGGCCCCCCGGGCACCUGGCCGCCGCGCUCACACUGCGGUUUGUCUCCUCCCGCGACUUUGGUGGGCUGCGUUCCGAGAGCCAGUCCUUCUCGAGCCAACUUUUUCUUUCUUUUUUUUCUCGGUGUUUCUCAUCGUCCCUGAGUCUUGUCAUGACUCAUGGAUCCCUCGUGCUUCUCCCCACCCCCACGCCCGCCUGCCCUGCGGGUGUGCUCCUGCCGCCCGGCUGCGCUCCCCGCCGGGGACCUGCCCGGUGGAGGGGGGCGCGGGAUGGCCCCCGGCUCUCCGCGGUGACCGUGCGGAUAGCCCAAUCGGAGAUCGCGUCGGCCGGCCACCGCCCCCAGAAAAGCAGGAGGGCUCUGCGCGCUCCAGCUCGGCGGAAACGCGCGCCGGGCGGCCGCGCUGCAAGACUCGAGUCACCGGAGGCUGGAGAAAGCCCCUCGAGGCGUGCCUACCAGCUGCCAGUGCCUGAGAGGCCCUCGGGGCGCAAAGAGGCUAAAUGAAGUCAGGGGAUUUUUACAAGUUGAAGUGACCCUCCCCCUCUGCCCAGGCAGAGAGGUGAUUUUGCUAACCCUCCUCUCCUCUCAGCCCAGGUCAGCUGCGUGAUAUCCGAGUAUCCAGAGGGCUGGGAUGGGGGUCCCCGGGGGUGGGGCAGGGGCCUUGCCUGGCUGUGGUCCUGGAGUGGGGAAGUGGACCCCCAGGAGUGGGCAACCCCUAAGUCCUCAUCCCUGGGUAUUUCAACACCCAAGUUAAGCUCUAUCUUCAGAGUUCACCACUUCCUCCUUUCCUUCCUUGGAAAUUUGGUUGCAAAUAUCACUACAUGGUUUAACCUUUAAAGGUAAACUUCUGAAAUGGCCAGCUCCAAAUAAAAACUAGCCUUUUGUGAGGGAUCCAACUCCAAACCAAACUGGCUUUCCCUUUUAGAAAUGCUGCCCUUUUACCACAAAGACAAGAGAUGCUCAGUGUUGUGAAAGAACACACAAUUAGGCUUUGGGGAUUUUAAGUCAACAUUAUAUGUACAAAAUCUAGGCAAGAAGGAGAAAGCAGCUUAUCAAAACUGCCAACACACUCAGGAGAACUCUUAAAUAGCACCUGAAACAGGAGAGAAGGAGGCUGGGCACAACCUUUGGAAGAAAGACACAGCCGUGAGGACACGACAAACACUGGGUUAGAACCAAGGAGGUCCAAGAUGGCGGAAGAUUCAACUUCCGGUGGACCGUGAGCCGCGUUACGUGCUCAUUAUAAUAUGCACUCCUUAUGCUCACUAUGCGCUCAUUAUGUGCUAAUGGCCAGGCUCCUCUGUUCAUGGAAUUUUCCUGGCAAAGAUACUGGAGUGGGUGGCCAUUUCCUUCUCCAGGGGAUCUUCCUGACCUAGGGCUCGAACUUGGGUCUCUUGCAUUGCAAGCAGAUUCUUCACCAUUUGAGCCAACAGAGAAGCCCCUAUUAUAAUAUAUUAGCAUCUAAAUGACACCUCUACCAGCACCGUCAAGUGGAAAGUGAAAGUGAAGUUGUUAAGUCGUCCAACUCUUUGUGAGCCCAUGGACUCUAGCCUACCAGAGUUGCCCUUUCCUUCUCCAGGGUAUCUUCCUGACCCAGGGAUCAAACCUGGAUCUCCUGCAUUCCUGGCAAAUGCUUUGCCCUCUGAGCCACCAGGGAAGCCCAGCACCAUGACAGUUCAUCAGAGGCCAACCAUAAAAGACCAAAAUUGGGGGUAUCCCACUUCUUGAAAACUGCCAACCCUUCACUGAAAUAGUUAGAAUAAUUCUCCCACUCCUUCGCCUAUGAAAGUAUUCAGCCCAUAAAAACUAUAACCACCCAAAAUGUCCAGGCCUCUCACCUUCUGAGAUGGUCCACAUUCUGUGGGAUGUGUUUCUCUCAAGGCCCAUCUUGCCUUUUGAGGUAAACUGCAUUCUGUCUAUGAAAUGUGUAUCUCUCUAAAUAAAUCCAGUUACCUAUCA